AUGAGCAAGGAGAGCUACAAACUAAGAAUCUUGAGCAAGAUGAGGCUUCAACAGAAACUGAAAAAGUCUUUUAAAGCUACAGAAUUGAACACAAAAGAUUCUGAUAAGGAAAUCUUGGAUACUUUCCGGAAAGUUCAAGUGAACUUACCUCUUUUAGAUGCCAUAAAACAACUGCCCAAGUAUGCAAAGUUCCUUAAAGAGCUUUGUACGAACAAGAGGAGAUUCAAUGAUCAAGAAAUUGUGGCAUUGAGCAAGGAAGUAUCAGCUGUUUUGCAGAGAAAGUUGCCACCGAAGUUGAAAGAUGCCAGUAGCUUUACCAUUCCAUAUGUAAUUGGAGGCAAAGAGUUUAAGAGAGCAUUGUGUGAUUUAGGGGCAUCUAUCAAUCCGAUGCCAUAUUCAGUGUAUGAGUCAUUGAACCUUGGAGACUUGAAGGAAACAAAGGUAGUAAUCCAGUUGGCAGAUCGUUCAAAUAGAUAUCCUAAAGGCCUAUUAGAGGAUGUACUUGUGAAAGUGAAUGAGCUCAUUUUUGCCGUUGAUUUUUUUGUUCUUGAGAUGGAACAUGACCCUAUGCCUACUGCACUUCCUCUUAUAUUGGGAAGACCAUUCCUUAGAACGGCACGUACGAAGAUUGAUGUCUACGAUGGUACCUUAACCAUGGAAAUUGAUGGGGAAAGCGUCAAGUUCAAAAUCUUCAAUGCUAUGAGGUACCCUAGUGAAUUAGAAUCUUGUUUGUUUAUUGAUGUGUUUGACUAUUUUGUGCAAGAUUAUUUUAAUGAAGGUGUGGGACAAGAUAAUUUAGAGAAGGCACCUAAAUUGGAGCUUAAACCGAUUCCUGAACAUUUGAAGUAUGCAUUUUUUGGAGAGGAUGAAACAUUACCGGUUAUCAUAUCAUCACAUCACACAACAGAAGAGAGGGAGAAACUGAUUCGGGUACUGAAGGAUCACAAAACUGCCAUAGCUUGGAGUAUUGUAGAUAUCAAAGGUAUAAAUCCAGCUACAUGUAUGCAUAGGAUUAUGCUAGAGGAAGGUGCAAAACCAACAAGGGAAGCUCAACGCCGUUUGAACCCACUCAUGAUGGAGGUCGUUAAGAAAGAGGUUAUCAAACUUCUUGAUGUUGACAUCAUAUAUCCUAUUUCGGACAGCAAGUGGGUGAUCCCUGUUCAAGUAGUUCUGAAGCGAUCCGGAGUCAUAGUUGUUAAGAAUGAAGCUAGUGAGCUAGUGCCUACACGUGUGCAAAAUAGUUUGAGAGUCUGUACAGAUUAUCGGAAGAUAAAUAACACCACACGCAAGGAUCACUUUCCAAUCCCAUUCAUAGAUCAAAUGUUAGAAAGUUGCUCUGGAGGAUCAAGAAAAUACGACUUUCACAUGUCCAUUUGGCAUAUUUGCAUACCGGAGGAUGCCGUUUGGACUUUGCAACUCUCCCGCCACAUUUCAAAGGUGUAUGUUCUAGGACAUAGCAUAUCUGAAAAGGGAAUUGAAGUUGAUAAAUCUAAAGUAGAACUUGUUAGUUCUUUACCCCUCGCUACUACUGUCAGGGAGGUUCGUUCUUUUCUUGGACAUGCAGGUUUCUACCGUAGGUUUAUGAAGGACUUCUCAAUGAUUUCUAGACUCUUGUGCCGUUUACUUCAAAAGGAUGUAACAUUUGAUAUGAAUGAAGAGUGUGUGGUAGCAUUCAACAAGCUUAAGGAGUUGAUGUGCGGUGCUUCAGACUAUGUUGUUGGUGCAGUUCUAGGGCAGCGUGUCAACAAAGUGCCACAUGUCAUCUAUUAUGCAUCUCGAACACUCAAUGAUGCACAGUUGAAUUAUUCAACAACAGAGAAUGAGCUUCUAGCUGUUGUAUUUGCUUUAGAAAAAUUUAGAUCUUAUCUAAUUGGGACUAAAGUUAUUGUGUUUUCUGACCAUGCAGCUUUGAAGUAUCUACUCACAAAAAAAGAUGCAAAACCGCGACUCAUUCGAUUGAUACUUCUGCUUCAAGAGUUUGACUUGGAGAUCAAGGAUAAGAAAGGCAGUGAGAAUGUUGUAGCAGAUCAUCUUAGCAGAUUUGUGCAUUCAAACACAGAGGAAGAUUUUAUCCCUUUACAUAUUAUCAAUUACAAGGUCACCAAAAAGAUUCCAGAUGAUUUUACACAUGCUCAGAAAGAUAAGCUUGUCAAAACCGCCAAAUUCUCCGAGUGGGAUGAUCCUUAUUUGUGGAAAUAUUGCACAGAUCAAUUGAUUAGAAGGUGUGUCCCCGAAUCUGAGUUUAAAUCUAUUCUAACUUUUUGUCAUUCUUAUGCAUGUGGUGGCCAUUUUGGAGCAAAGAGGACAGCCCUGAAGGUGUUAGAGAGUGGUUUUUAUUGGCCUCGUGUGUUUAAGGAUGUGUACGAGUUUUGUGCAACAUGUGAUCGUUGUCAACGAACAGCGAAAACCACCAAAACUAAUGAUUCAAAAGUUGUUUCAGAUUUUAUUAAGAUUAACAUCUUUGCAAGAUUUGGAACACCUAGAGCAAUCAUCAGCGAUGGAGGGAGUCACUUUUGCAAUCGAACAUUUGAAGCGUUGCUUAGGAAGUACAAUGUCACACAUAAGGUGUCUACACCUUAUCAUCCGCAAACUAGCGGUCAAGCAGAAGUAUCAAACCGUGAGGUGAAGCAAAUUUUGGAGAAAACUGUGAGUCCUAGUAGGAAGGAUUGGAGCAUGUGCUUAAACGAUGCAUUGUGGGCUUAUAGGACUGCUUAUAAGACUCCUAUUAGAAUGUCCCCAUUUCCAUUAGUUUAUGGGAAACCAUGUCGUCUUCCAGUAGAGUUAGAACACAAAGCUUAUUGGGCGAUCAAAGCCUACAACAUGGACAUGAGUGUUGUUGGACAGCAUAGAAAGCUUCAAUUGAAAGAGUUAGAAGAAAUCCGAAAUGAUGCAUACGAGUCUAGUCGAAUAUACAAGGAGAAAUCAAAGGCAUUUCAUGACAAGAUGAUAUGA